AUGCCGUCCAACACUGUUGCCACCACCAACACCGCUGCAUUCCAAAGCUUAGACUACACCUGUGAUGCACCUGGGAACAGAAUGGUAAGAAACUAACAGCUAUGGAAAACAAAACUACUGUCAUUAAAGCACUGUAAUGUUUUGUUACUGUGUUAUUACGUUAUAACAGUGUGUUUUACAAUGUUAUUAUAACAUGUUAUAGCCAUGUUUGAUCAGAAAUCUUAUCAUUGAGUUAUUUUGCACAAUUUAUCUGAACCACUGGGUCAUUGAUUUCCAUAAUUUCCAUACCAGAAUAAACAUAAAGCAGGUACACCCAUCAGAUGUUUCCAUUGUAUGUAAGGUUUCAUAUGAAUCUAUACGCUAUACAGUUAUGCUAUAAACAUCAUAAAAUGUUAUGCUGGGUUACUAUAAGUUAGACACCCAUUAGCUACAUUAACAACCGUGACAACUGCUGACGUGAAAGGGGCUUUAUAAAUACAUUUGAUCGAUUGCGUUACAUUAUCGAUAACAACAUUACAGUGUUCUCUCUAAUUGUGCCUGUUAGAAUGGUGGCAGUGGUUUGUUACUGUGACGUGGGGCGUUGGCUGUUGUAUCUAAUGCUGAGCCAGCCGGGCAGUUGCUGCUGCUGAAACUGCUCUCUCUAUGUGUUAUACUGGGACAUUUAUCCUCCUCGCUCCUCUACUACGCUCUCUGUCACACUGCCCGCCCAAUGUAGUCCUGUUGCUAAGCAACAACCAUUGCCUUAAAUAAACCGACUGCCGAUGGAAAUUGUGCCAGAGAUAUCAAAUAGUGCCAGAGUGUGUUAUAGGGUUCACACGAAAGGCAAUAACAAAUAGUCUUUGUAUUUUAUGCCAUCUAUUGUUUAAAGAAUUAGCAUUUUCACGUCUUUUAGUAAUGCGUUAUAAUGGUAUGUUGUGUUUCAUUGAAAAUGUUGAGGAUUUUGACAAUACAACAGAAGGUGACUUGUCCAUGGAAUCAGACAGCACUGAAUUGUGUCAGUAGUGGCGGACUGGCGGUGUCUCCAAACGAAGCAUGAUUUAAGGCUGCAUAUAAAACAUUCCGUAUUCUAGAAUUCCGCCCUUGCGGUUACCUCGUUUCCAUGCUCCAUGAGUUUUGUAAUUUGGUGACAUGGGGGUUGGUGACUGCUCAUCCUGUAUAGAGUAGCACUAGGAGAGGCCAUGCAGUACCAAUACUCCUGUGGUUGAGCCAGCCUAAACCAGGCACUAGGAGUUUUGUCCCAAAUGGCACCCUAUUCCCUAUGUACUGUAGUGCACUCCUUUUGAUCAGGGCCCAUAGGGCUCUGGUAAAAAAUAGUGCACUUUGUAGGGAAUAGGGUGCCAUUUGGGAUGCAGACGUAGAUAGGAGAAGGAGGAGAAGGGAAAUCACUGCUGUAGAAAUAAACAACAGAUAAUUAAAAUGUACAGUCAGAUAAUCGUAUCAAUCUUAUAUAAGGAGGAGAUUAGAUUUGGAAUGUGAAUGAUUGAAAUAUUGCAAAUAAACCCAAGUCUCACCCACAUCAUAUAAAAGGUCAAUGGAUCCAUGUACUAGAUAGUAGAUUUACUACCAAUAAUGUGACUCCAUAAUAUGACUGCCUUUAAAAAGCCCAGGCUGUUUGUCAUCGGCAGCUCCCAGUAGCUCCCACCUCGUGAUGCUGAUAGCUGGUUGCUAAGCAGGAUUUGGUCUGCCUCAAUUAAUUGUUCAAGCUUGUCUCCCUUCAUAGCCCCACAACAGACUCAGUAAGACACUCAGUCAGUACAUGUUAUUCAGUCAAUGUUGAACCCCAGGGCCUUUAUUCUAGGAUCAGGUCCCCUUGGUCCAUAUCACCUUAUUCAUUAUGAUCUACAAGGCAAAACGGAUCCUAAAUCAGCACUCUGAGACGCUCUAUAGAAGCAACUACAUUAGUAUUAUUAUAUUUCCCAUCAACCCCAGGGGUGAUGCGUCGGGGUGGACAGAAAGCUUUGUCUUAGAGGGAAGGCAAUGUGCAGGAUGGGGUGUACACACAUACACACACAGUGUCUUUGUAACAGUGUCAUUAGGGAAUGUGUCUCGGUGAGGUCAGGCUCUGGUAGGAGCUAUAGUUGUCCCGCACUGAAAGGGACAUGUCAAUGACAUCCCAUUUGUCCCAUUGUCUGUCUCCAUCGUAAAGCGGAACAGGAUGGAGACCUAUUGAGAGACCCUAAACUGUUCAACAGUUGGAGUGGAUAAAUACUGUAUACUGUUACACUACAAUUAGAAUCACAUUACACAUUCACACUGCCUGUCAAUCCUAUAGGUGAUGCUUACUAUGCAUUUCCUGUGAACUUGCGAUUCUAAACUGUUCAUGUGAGGUUGUGAAGAGUUGGAAUGUAUAGUGUUUACAGUAGAGCUAUACAGGGAAUUCAGGGUACAAUUUUAGCGUCAAAGUUGACACAUUAGAUUAGCAAGUUGUGGGGACUGAUGUCACAUUUUGGUUGGUUUGUGAACUUGUGAUUCUACCUGACUCUACUUUGAUUUUAUAUGAUUCUACCUGAUUCUACUGUGAUUCUAUCUGAUUCUACUGUGAAUCUACUGUGAUUCUACCUGAUUCUACUGUGAUUCUUCCUCAUUCUACUGUGAUUAUAUCUGACUCUACUGUGAUUCUACCUGAUUAUACUGUGAUUCUACCUGAUUCUUCUUUGAUUCUAUCUGAUUCUUCUAUGAUUCUACCUGAUUCUACUGUGAUUCUACCUGAUUCUUCAUAUGAGAUUGAUAAUAUUGUGUUGCGUGGUUGUUUGACAGAGGGAGAGCACGAUACUGGACAAGGAGCUGGUGCCAGAGGAGAAACCAGCUAACAGCAACACCACCUGUAAAGAGGGCCAGCCUGCUGGGAGGAAACACAAGCAGAUACCUGUGAGUAGAUUAUUUGUAAUAAUAUAUUUAUUGGACUUUUCACAACCAUCAAUCAACAAACAAACAGUGUCAGAAACACUGGCAUGCAGACCUGAAGGCUACACACACAUUGUAGGUUUAUUGUAAAACUAGCAGAAUAUACAAUUUGUGGUAGGGGAAAACACUGUGUCGGAGGCUGGGUGAAUCUCAGAGUUCUCUUGCGUCACUAUUGACCUUAAGCAUUGAGUCACUAGGCAGGAUUCCAUUGACCCAGGUUUAUUCUACAAAAGCAAUGUUGCAAAAAAUAUAAUUGCGACAUAUGUAAUGGAAACAGCAGAUAUAGAAGACAUUUUCUAAAGAUCGACAACAUUUUUAUCCGUUCGACAGGGGUGGUUUUAUCUUUUGUCGAACUUUCUUUAUUGCAACAAAUGAUGAUGUAAACUAAAUUUGAAGGUACACGGUGUACGUGAUGUCAUCAGCUAGUCCUAGCUAUAAAGCUCCACUCCACAUUUCAUUCUAAAUGCCUACUGCUUGCAAAAUAAAAAAAUUCAACUAUAACAAUAAUGCUCCUUUGCAGGACAAGAAUUGUCCUGACUUUCAAGAAUGCCUGAAUUGCUUCGCCUUGCUUUUCUGGUUGGCUGGCAAGUUUCACCAUCCAAUUAUUUCAAAUCUACAGGAGUGCAAGUUUCACCAUGGCGAUACGUUGGCACAUGAUAAUUAUUAGAAUAUGGCUAUUAUUAGUUAAUUAUUGCAUUCUAUCCAUGCUGGCUUUCACAGGCUACCCGAGACAUGAAACAGAGAGGUGGGAGGGCAUACAGGCUGUCGCCAAUGUAUUAUUUGGCAUUUUGCCUAAAUGGAUAAUGGAAACACUUCAACCACUACAUUUUUAUCCGACACUGUAGGUAAUUUUUUAGGUGUGACGUCAUUACAUCCAGCUGUUUUGAUCGACGCGGUAGUUAAAUGGAAACACACCCUAGCAGGAAAUUGUCGCAUCUAUUUUCUAUGCGAACUUUCUAAAUGUCAACAAAGAAAACACUUGACAAGUUAAUGGAGACAAAGCUAGCGAGUCUGUAAAUGGAGUUCAUUACAUUUUACAUUUGAGUCAUUUAGCAGACGCUCUUAUCCAGAGCGACUUACAGUUAGUGAGUGCAUACAUUUUCAUACUGGCCCCCCGUGGGAAUCGAACCCACAACCCUGGCGUUGCAAACACCAUGCUCUACCAACUGAGCUACACAGGACUAAUGUUUCACGUUUCAUCUCACUGAAAUUGACCAAUUAGCCAGGGUAGUUCAUCUCACUGAAACUGACCAAUUAGCCAGGGGAGUUCAUCUCACUGAAACUGACCAAUUAGCCAGGGUAGUUCAUCUCACUGAAACUGACCAAUAAGCCAGGGUAGUUCAUCUCACUGAAACUUACCAAUUAGCCAGGGGAGUUCAUCUCACUGAAACUGACCAAUUAGCCAGAGGAGUUAAUCUCACUGAAACUGACCAAUUAGCCAGGGUAGUUCAUCUCACUGAAACUUACCAAUUAGCCAGGGGAGUUCAUCUCACUGAAACUGACCAAUUAGCCAGAGGAGUUAAUCUCACUGAAACUGACCAAUUAGCCAGGGUAGUUCAUCUCACUGAAAUUUACCAAUUAGCCAGGGGAGUUCAUCUCACUGAAACUGACCAAUUAGCCAGAGGAGUUAAUCUCACUGAAACUGACCAAUUAGCCAGGGGAGUUCAUCUCACUGAAACUUACCAAUUAGCCAGGGGAGUUAAUCUCACUGAAACUGACCAAUUAGCCAGGGGAGUUCAGCUGGUCAAUCAACACACAGUGCAGUGACAACUACCAGUGUUAAGAAAUAUAUGGAGACUUUGAUAUUGAAUGUCUGAAAGUUUGAUGUUGAAAUAUUGAAUACUUUGAUAAAUAAAAAACAUAGGUAGUCCUCUAACAGUAGUCAUGAAUAUGGUUCAUUUUUAAUAUGGUUCAUUGUUAAUAUGGUUCAUUGUUAAUAUGGUUCAUUGUUAAUAUGAUUCAUUUUUAAUAUGGUUCAUUAAACAAAACAAGCAUAUAUUCAGUAUAUGUGGCCAAUGUGUUUUUUUUAGCAUCAUUUUGUUAUUCUUGGAGUUGUAAACGUUAACACCAAUGAAGUUUUCUGAUCUUUCCAUGGCUGUCUGUGUUGACUUACUCUCAUCUCGAUGUACACCUUCGGAACAGUAGUAGUCAGACCAGACCUUGUAACUUUUUCAAUGUUGUUACUUACAGCCAUUUUUUUCCCCUGCUCAAUCUCAACCACAAUACUCUAUAAUGACAAGAAGCUAUUGGCACACCUUGGGCACCACCUGUAUUUUGGGGGUUUUCCUCUCCCAAUUUUCUCUGUUUCAGAUACCCUCUCAAGCUCUGCUCCGGUUUCGAUGGGGAGCGUCGCUGCACAGCUAUUUUCAGUCUCUCAGGGAUUUCGAUCGUGUUCAAGUUGGCUGGUCUCUGUUGCUGGGCCACUCAAUCUUGUCCUGUGGUUUGUGUUUGCACUGUGGACGUCACGUCGAUUUGUUGUUUUGUUGUGUAUCAUUAUAAUAGAUUUACUUCACGCUGCCCUUGUCCUCUAUAUCCGACAUCGUGCCACUUUAUGCCGAUCCAUCUAGUACUUGGCUGUUGGUGCUUAGGGUCGUUGUUUCCCAUUCUUGUUGGCAAGGUUGGGGGAACCUUUUCGCCGAUCCAGUCUGGGCUCACUAGCGCGUCUGCGGUCAGUGUUUUCAAGUCAAGGAUCUCUCAUGUACUUUGCUCCGUUCAUCUUUCCCUCGAUCCUGACUAGUCUCUCAGUCCCUGCCGCUGAAAAACAUCCCCACAGCAUGAUGCUGCCACUGUAGGAUGGGGCCAGGUUUCCUCCAGACGUGACGCAUGGCAUUCAGGCCAAAGAGUUCAAUCUUGGUUUUAUCAGACCAGAGAAUAUUGUUUCUCAUGGUCUGAGAGUCUUUAGGUGCCUUUUGGCAAACUCCAAGCGGGCUAUCAUGUGCCUUUUACUGAGGAGUGGCUUCCGUCUGGCCACUCUACCAUAAAGGCCUGUGUCACGGUUUCGGCCGAGGCUGCUCCUCCUCCUGGUUCGGGCAGGCUUCGGCGGUCGUCGUCCCCGGAGUACUAGCUGCCACCGAUCUAUGUUUCAUGUUCGUUUGGUUUUGUCUUGAUGUUGUACACCUGUGUCUUGUUAGUCCUCGUUAGUGUCCUAUUUAGUUCUCGUUGGUUGUGUUUGUCUUUGUGUGAUUGCGCUUCUGUUUUCGUGUUGGAGCUACGUACUUCCCUCCAGUGUUUUUGGAGAGGUGUUUUCGCACAUGUUAGUGCGCCGUUUAUUUGACGCCUGUGUGCGCCGUGAUUUCGCCUUCGGGCUUAUUGUGCUUAUUUCCAACGUGAAAAUUGACACUAAAGUCUUUGACUGAGCCUCUGCGUCCUGCGCUUGAUUCAUGCACCACACCCACCUUCAGCACCCCUGACAGCCUGAUUGGUGGAUUGCUACAGAGAGGGUUGUCCUUCUGGAAGGUUCUCCUAUCUCCACAGAGGAACUCUGGAGCUCUAUCAGAGUGACCAUCGGGUUCUUGGUCACCUCCCUGACCAAGGCCCUUCUCCCCCGAUUGCUCAGUUCUAGGAAGAGUCUUGGUGGUUCCAAACUUCUUCCAUUUAAGAAUGAUGGAGGCCACAGUGUUCUUGGGGACCUUCAAUGCUGCAGAAAUGUUUUGCUACCCUUCCCCAGAUCUGUGCCUCGACACAAUCCUGUCUCGGAGCUCUACGGACAAUUCCUUCAAUCUCAUGGCUUGGUUUUUCCUCUGACAUGCACUGUCAACUUUGGGACCUUAUAUAGACAGGUGUGUGCCUUUCCAAAUCAUGUCCAAUCAAUAGAAUUUACCACAGGUGGACUCCAAUCAAGUUGUAGAAACAUCUCAAGGAUGAUCAAUGGAAACAGGAUGCACCUGAGCUCAAUUUCGAGUGUCAUAGCAAAGGGUCUGAAUACUUAUGUAAAUAAGAUAUUUCGGUUUUUUAUAUUUAAUGCAUUUGCAAAAAAUGUCAAAAAACCUGUUUUCAAUUUGUCAUUAUGGGGUAUUGUGUGUAGAUUGUUGAGGACAUUUUUUUAUUUAAUCCAUUUUAGAAUAAGCUGUAACGUAACAAAAUGUGGUAAAGGUCAAGGGGUCUGAAUACUUUCCAAAUGCACUGUGUGACCUCUGUGACCUUUGGCAGGGGCCAGUUGUAGGUCACUGGGUCAAUGGUCAUUGGGUCGUGUUUUGUAACACCCUGGUGCUGACAGAAAGUGUUGCAUCUUUCACUGUGACUUACUCUCUCUCUCACUCUCUUUCUCACUCUCUCACUCUCUCUCUCUCUGUAUCUCACUCUCUCGCUCACUCUGUCUCUGUCUCUCACUCUGUCUCUGUCUCUCACUCUCUCUCUAUCUCACUCUGUCUGUCUCACUCUCUUUCUCACUCUGUUUCUGUCUCUCACUCUCUCGCUCACUCUGUCUCUCACUCUCACUCUGUCUCUGUCUCUCACUCUCUCUCACUCUGUCUCUCUUCUUCUCACGAUGUUUGUGUGAAAACUAUCCUUUUCUUCUUACGUCAGUGAGAAAUCAGUAGAAUUUGCUUUCAGAACACUUCUCUGAAAAUAGCUUGACAAUAACAGUGGACAUGUUUUAGUUCUACUCCGUCCACAUAGCUGUAUAAUUAGGAUUGGCUGCUCUAAAGAGCCUCUAAGGAAUGCCUGAAAAUAAGCAGUCAUUAGUCUGAUAUAAUAAAAUCAUUUUGCACAACAUCCUCCAUUUGACGUUUCAUGUUCUAAAGUCUCAGAUCUCUUGUCUCAUUAGGCAUUAGACUGUUACCAACAGAAUCAGAUGUACAUACUACACCUGUCUCUGUCUCUGUCUCUGUCUGUCUGUCUGUCUGUCUGUCUGUCUGUCUGUCUGUCUGUCUGUCUGUCUGUCUGUCUGUCUGCCUGCCUGCCUAUCUGUAUGUCUGUCUUUCUCUCUCUGUCUCUGUCUUUCUUUCACUCUGCAUCUGUCCAUCCGUCCUUCCGUCUGUCUGAGACGAUGGACGCUUCAGACAUGAUGUUGUCAGUGUUGACAGACAGGGCAAUCUCAUCUCACUACUAGACAUGCUCUACUUUCCAUUGCUGUGACCUAGUAAUGGAAUUGUCUCCAAAUUGCUUUUUAACACUAUUUUUAGGCAGCAGUCUCUAGCAGAGACACUGUGGAGAAAAGAUCGCUCCCCCACCAGCUCACAUUUCGUCUACUUCAAACAUUUUGAAAGGAGUUGAAUUCAUUUUCUAGGUCACUAAAAAGAGGUGUAAAUCUUGUGAUCAACAUGUUAUAUGUGAUACUUGACAUGUGAUUUGUAUACAGUUGAAGUCGGAAGUUUACAUACACUUAGGUUGGAGUCAUUAAAACCCACAAUUCCAGUGGGUCAGAAGUUUACAUACACUAAGUUGACUGUGCCUUUAAACAGCGUGGAAAAUUCCAGAAAAUGAUGUCAUGGCUUUAGAAGCUUCUGAUAGGGUAAUUGACAUCAUUUGAGUCAAUUGGAGGUGUACCUGUGGAUGUAUUUCAAGGCCUACCUACUCAGUGCCUCUUUGCUUGACUUCAUGGGAAAAUCAAAAGAAAUCAGCCAAGACCUCAGAAAAGAAUUUGUAGACCUCCACAAGUCUGGUUUAUCCUUGGGAGCAAUUUCCAAACACCUGAAGGUACCACGUUCAUCUGUACAAACAAUAGUACGGAAGUAUAAACACCUUGGGACCACGCAGCUGUCAUACUGCUCAGGAAGGAGACGUGUUCUGUCUCCUAGAGAUGAACGUACUUCAGUGCAAAUCAAUCCCAGAACAACAGCAAAGGACCUUGUGAAGAUGCUGGAGGAAACAGGUACAAAAGUAUCUAUAUCCACAGUAAAACGAGACCUAUAUCGACAUUACCUGAAAGGCCGCUCAGCAAGGAAGAAGCCACUGCUCCAAAACCGGCCAUAAAAAAGCCAGACUAUGGUUUGCAACUGCACAUGGGGACAAAGAUCGUACUUUUUGGAGAAAUGUCCUCUGGUCUGAUGAAACAAAAAUAGAACUGUUUGGCCAUAAUGACCAUCGUUAUGUUUGGAGGAAAAAGGGGGAAACUUGCAAGCUGAAGAACACCAUCCCAACCGUGAAGCACGGGGGUAUCAGCAUCAUGCUGUGGGGGUGCUUUGCUGCAGGAGGGACUGGUGCACUUCACAAAAUAGAUGACAUUAUGAGGAAGGAAAAUGAUGUGGAUAUAUUGAAGCAAAAUCUCAAGACAUCAGUCAGGAAGUUAAAGCUUGGUCGCAAAUGAGUCUUCCAAAUGGACAAUGACCCCAAGCAUACUUCCAAAGUGUGGCAAAAUGGCUUAAGGACAACAAAGUCAAGGUAUUGGAGUGGCCAUCACAAAGCCCUGACCUCAAUCCUAUAGAACAUUUGUGGGCAGGACUGAAAAAGCGUGUGCGAGCAAGGAGGCCUACAAACCUGACUCAGUUACACCAGCUCUGUCAUGAGGAAUGGGCCAAAAUUCACCCAACUUAUUGUGGGAAGCUUGUGGAAGGCUACCCAAAACGUUUGACCCAAGUUAAACAAUUUAAAGGCAAUGCUACCAAAUACUAAUUGAGUGUACAGUCGUGGUCAAAAGUUUUGAGAAUGACACAAGUAUUGGUCUUCACAAAGUUUGCUGCUUCAGUGUUUUUAGAUAUUUUUGUCAGAUGUUACUAUGGUAUACUGAAGUAUAAUUACAAGCAUUCCAUAAGUGUCAAAGGCUUUUAUUGACAAUUACAUUAAGUUUAUGCAAAGAGUCAAUAUUUGCAGUGUUGACCCUUCUUUUUCAAGACCUCUGCAUUCCACCCUGGCAAUUAACUUCUGGGCCACAUCCUGACUAAUGGCAGCCCAUUCUUGCAUAAUCAAUGCUUGGAGUUUGUGGGGUUUUGUUUGUCCACCCAGUCCAAUCCCUGAGCAAGCUCUGCACUGGUGGUGGCGCUUGCUGGACUUUCUUGGGCGCCCUGAAGCCUUCUUCACCACAAUUGAACCUCUCUCCUUGAAGAUCCGAUAAAUGGUUGAUUUAGGUGCAAUCUUACUAGCAGCAAUAUCCUUGCCUGUGGAGACCUUUUUGUGCAAAGCAAUGAUGACAGCACAUGUUUCCUUGCAGGGAACAUUUUAGUCAUUUAGCAGACACUAUUAUCCAGAGCAACUUACAGUUAGUGAGUGCAUACAUUAUUUUUUAAUUUUAUUUUUCAUACUGGCCCCCCAUGGGAAUCGAACCCACAACCAACUGAGCUACAUCCCUGCCGGCUACAACAGAGCCUGGAUUCGAACCAGGCUUUCUAGUGGCACAGCUAGCACUGCGAUGCAGUGCCUUAGACCACUGCGCCACUUGGGAGAACAUGGUAACCACCCUCCUUUUAAAGCUUCCAGUCUGUUAUUCUACCUCAAUCAGCAUGACAGAGUGAUCUCCAGCCUUGUCCUCGUCAACACUCUCACCUGUGUUAACGAGAGAGUCACUGACAUGAUGGCAGCUGGUCCUUUUGUGGCAGGGCUGAAAUGCAGUGGAAAUGUUUUUUGGGGGAUUAAGUUCAUUUUCAUGGCAAAGAGGGACUUUGCAAUUAAUUGCAAUUCAUCUGAUCACUCUUCAUAACAUUCUGGAGUAUAUGCAAAUUGCCAUCAUAAAAACUGAGGCAGCAGACUUUGUGAAAAUUAAUAUUUGUGUCAUUCUCAAAACAUUUGACCACGACUGUAUGUAAACUUCUGACCCACUGGGAAUGUGAUGAAAGAAAAAAAAUCUGAAAUAAAUCAUUCUCUCUACUAUUAUUCUGACAUUUCACAUUCUUAAAAUAAAGUGGUUAUCCUAACUGACCUAAGACAUGGAAUUUUUACAAGGAGUAAAUGUCAGGAAUUGUGAAAAACUGAGUUUAAAUGUAUUUGGCUAAGGUGUAUGUAAACUUCCGACUUCAAAUGUAUGUACUUAUCUUAAAAGAGUAGAGGCAUGCCUGGUGAUAUAGAUAUACGAUUUUAUAGAUUUACAAUGUAGUUGAAUCACGCCCAAAUAAUCCCAGCCAGAUAAUCUUGUUUGGCUGUGCUAUGGGGUCAUUGGGUUGGAUAAUAUCUGUUCUUCUGCUGAAACAGAGAAUAGUAAAUACUUCUCUUUACAGAAUGAAAUGGUUUCCAGGGGCGAGUCCCACGUCAAUAAAAUAAAAUAUUUCCUGCCUUUGACAAAAAGCCAACAUUCCUCUCAUAUUUCUGCGCUACUGUAAUGCAGUGAAUAACUCUACAAAUGAGUUACAGCACACAAACAAUGUCCAGCGAAUUCACAGGGUUUCUGACUGUAACACUUUCAAUGCUGGAUAAUACAGUAAUCUACAUGAGGUUAUUGGUAUGGUCAAUACAGUUCCUGUAUCAUGUUUAGAACUACAAUGGUUAUAGGAGGGAGGCUGACAGGACCUCAGGCUAUUGAAGCAUGAGAAACAAAUAUACUGAAUUGUGCAUUUCAUUCAAAUAAAGGUUAAAGUGAUGCAGUGGAACUUAAACAAAAUAGUUGUACUAAAGGCUAACUGCUUAUAGAAUAAAAAUUACUCAAUUAUCCCUAAGGGGAAAUGUGUAAAAAUGGCUAACAACGUGAAGUGAUUGCCAAUAAUAUCCACUCCAAUAUAAUCUUCCUAAUAUCUUAUCUCCUUCCUUUACCUGCAGGCGGAGGGCAGUGUGUCUGUGAAGGACAGUGUGGCCAGAGGCGGGGGCAACAGUCGCACCGGGGUGGCAGCGGAGAGAGAGAGAACGUCUGUGUCUGUGGCGCAGGUGCACAAUGGAGACGUGAGCAGUGGGCACGCAGACAGAGACAGAGACAGGACCCAGGCUGAUGCCAGCGGCUGCCCCAAGCAAGAGAGGAAAGCUCCAGAGAAGAACGGGUUACCAGGUGCCCCUGGUUCCCCCAGUGCCCCUGCCAGUCAGGCUGAAGAAGGCCCCCCCGGACUCCCCACCCUCCUGGGUCAGAGCCGGAGCCUGAGCCCCCCCUCCCUGGAGAACAGGUUUCUAGUGAGCCGGAAGCUGAGCCGGGAGCCGAGCUGGGAGCCGAGCCGGGACGACUCUGACAAAGACAAAGAGGAGACUCUGACAACUCCGCCACGCAAGAAACGAGGCAGGCGGAAACUGGAGCGCCCAACAAAAUGUGAGUCUUGA